CCAAAGCUACAACGACUACAACUGAACCUCCAACUACUACAACAACCAAAGCUACCACUACAGCUGAACCUACAACUACAACAGCCACCAAAGCUACAACGACUACAUCUGAACCUACAACAACAACCAAUGUUACAACGACUUCAACUGAACCUACAACCACAGUUGAGCCCACGACUACAACUACUUCCAAACCCCAAACCACUACCACUGAACCUACCACUUCUACCAUUGCCUCAACCACCACAUUACCUGAACCAAAAUGUACCUACAAGGGUAAACUGUACAGUGGCGGUGAAGUGUGGGAAGACGACUGUCAAAUUCACACCUGUGUUGCUCCUCCGUUCUUCAUACAUAGCAAGCCAAGAUGCCUCCCGCUGAGAUCUGGUAGUGUUUUUAAUAAUUGCAAGAUUGUGGAAGACCCAGAAGAUCCUUGCUGUCAAAAAACAAUAUGUGAUCCAGCCACUGUCCCACCAGAGAUUUUGAAACAGACCACUCCUACUACAACAAUGACAAGCAAAGUGGUCAUCACAAAAACAACUUCUAAGCCUUCAACUACAACCGCUACAACUACCAGCAAACCUUCAACGACUACAACUGAAGCUACCGCUACAACAACCAUCAAACCUACAACGCCUACAACUGAACCUACAACUACAACUACCACCAAACCUACAACUACUAAAACUGAACCUACAACUACAACAGCCACCAAAGCUACAACGACUACAACUGAACCUACAACUACAACAACAACCAAAGUUACAACGACUUCAACUGAACCUACAACCACAGUUGAGCCCACGACUACAACUACUUCCAAACCCCAAACCACUACCACUGAACCUACCACUUCUACCAUUGCCUCAACCACCACAUUACCUGAACCAAAAUGUACCUACAAGGGUAAACUGUACAGUGGCGGUGAAGUGUGGGAAGAUGACUGUCAAAUUCACACCUGUGUUGCUCCUCCGUUUUUCAUACAUAGCAAGCCAAGAUGCCUCCCGCUGACAUCUGGUAGUGUUUUUAAUAAUUGCAAGAUUGUGGAAGACCCAGAAGAUCUUUGCUGUCAAAAAACAAUAUGUGAUCCAGCCACUGCCCCACCAGAGAUUUUGAAACAGACCACUCCUACUACAACAAAGACAACCAAAGUGGCCAGGACAGAAACAACUUCUAAGCCUUCAACUACAACCGCUACAACUACCACCACCAAAGCUACAACGACUACAACUGAACCUACAACUACAACAACAACCAAAGUUACAAAGACUUCAACUGAACCUACCACUACCAAAAUCACCAAAGCUGCAUCGACUACAACUGAACCUACAACCACAGUUGCGCCCAAGACUACAACUACUUCCAAACCCCAAACCACUACCACUGAACCUAUCACUUCUACUAUUGCCUCAACCACCACAUUACCUGAACCAAAAUGUACCUACAAGGGUAAACUGUACAUUGGAGGUGAGGUGUGGGAAGACGACUGUCAAAUUCACACCUGUGUUGCUCCUCCGUUCUUCAUACAUAGCAAGCCAAGGUAA